ACAUUCAACAAGUGUAAUUUGGAUGGAGAAAAUACAACUCUGAGUGUCACGAAUAUUGCAUAAAGUUUCACAACUUCGUUAGAAUUUACCACUUGAGUCUCUUUAAAAGCCGGUUUCCAUUUCGAUUACCUCAAACUGUUAAUAGCAACAUGCUAACGAGGACCGUGCUAAUUCCCACAUUGGGUCGGCGUGCAUCGAAUUGGCUGACGCAACGCUCCUUCAACAGUACGCAAAUCCUAAGGCAGACAAUCAAAAAUCAUGAGCCAAAUAAUCUGGAAAAGCGUUUUCUCGUCUGGAGCGGAAAAUACAAGUCAACAGCUGAUGUGCCCGGCUUCGUAAGUCAGGAGGAGAUGGAGCGUUGCCGUAACAAGAUGCGCAUCCGAUUGGCAAAUGUAAUGAUCGGCUUAACUAUCGUCGGAUGUGGCAUUAUGGUCUACAGUGGCAAGCAGGCGGCCAAGCGAGGCGAAUCUGUCACAAAGCAAAAUCUGGAAUGGCACAACCAGUUCAAAGAGUCCCCCGCCAAAUAAUCCACAACAAUACAAGAAUACACAUAAGCAGCAAUACUGUUAAAAGGAAAAUGUAAAAGCUUUUUGUUAUUUUCUGUACAACUCGGUGGUUGCCUUAUAACAGUGAUAUUUUGAAUUCAUACUCUUAUCCCCCACGGUCUGAUUACCAUUUGCGAACUCUUAAUAGCAGCUGCAAUGCAAUAAAUAUUUACUCAAAUAUUAUUUAUUAAA